UAUUCAUGUCCCAUAGGACGUAGUAGUUGCUUAUACAACAACGGCGAUACUUCUUUCGUAAGUAGCUCGUCUGCAGGAGGGAACUACUGUCUCAAUAAGGUUUAGUGGGAAUAAGAUAAUGAUUGCUACUCUUCAAAACACAUACUACGCUGUUUAAAUUGUUACUGUUCUAUAAGGUUUAUAAAACAAUGUCUAACAAUAACGGGCCAAUUAAAGAAGAUUCUAAUUUUAAAGACGAUGAAGACCCAUCUGUUGAUUAUGUUGACAUUAUUGGUACUGAAGAACAAUUGGAGUUACACGGCUACCGGCGACACAUGGGUUACACAAUUAUGUCUUGGGUAGUGACAAUCAUAACAUGUGGCGCUCUUCGUUUAAUUUUUUACUGGUGGCCAACAUUAAUGUUGUUUUCAACCCAUAUGAAAUGUUCAUUGCAAUCUGCCGAAAAAAUUUUAGUGGUGGUAUGUUCAUGUUUUGUUAUUUGUUAA